GGCCUGGCCCGGAGCCCGCCUCUCUCCCGCUCUGGUUGGUCGAAGCUGCUGUCGGUCUGAGUCGCCGCCGCUGCCGAUUGGGCAGCAGCAAGUUUCGCACGCUCAGCACCCGGCGCUACGCCCCUCCAGCCGGCCCGCGCCCCAGUGGAGAGGACAGUGCGGGACCCCGCGCGCCUCCCGGAGGGACCUGGACCCGUAGGAGACGACGGUGUUGGACCUGGCGCGGCCCGAGCGGCGGCGGCGAUGAUCCCCGAUGAGAGGCCUGAUGGUCCGGGCGCCGGCGAGGAGAGCGUGCGGCUGCAGGCGGCCAGCAGCGUCCGCAAGGGCUGUGACCCCCUGGCACAGACACAGCGCAGCCGCCUGCAGAGCCGCAGGGCCCGGAUCCACCAGCAGAUCAACAAAGAGCUGCGAAUGCGCACAGGUGCCGAGAACCUCUACAGGGCUUCACCUCAGCCUGACCUCCCCCAGAGCCACCAGCAACGCCCAGGUCAGAGAGACAGUGGCCUUGGAGCUGAGCUAUGUCAACUCCAGCCUGCAGCUGCUGAAGGAGGAGCUGCAGGAGCUCAACAGCAGCGUGGACGUGGACCCACCCAAGAGCGACGGUGUCCCUGUGCCCAUGAUCCCCCUCGGGCUGAAGGAGACCCGGGAGCUGGACUGGGCCACGCCCCUGAAGGAGCUGAUCUCGGGGCACUUUGGAGAGGAUAGCACCUCCUAUGAGGCUGAAAUCAGGGAGCUGGAGGACCUGCGGCAGGCCAUGCGAACCCCCAGCCGGAGCGAGGCAGGCCUGGAGCUGCUCACGGCCUACUACAACCAGCUCUGCUUCCUGGACGCUCGCUUUGUGGCCCCUGCUGGGAACCUCGGGCUGCUCUUCCACUGGUAUGACUCGCUUACGGGGGUCCCAGCCGAGCAGCAGUCCCUGGCCUUUGAGAAGGGCAGUGUACUCUUCAACAUCGGGGCCCUCCACACACAGAUCGGGGCCCGCCAGGACCGCUCCUGCCCCGAGGGCACCAGCCGUGCUGUGAAGGCCUUUCAGAGGGCUGCUGGGGCCUUCAGCCUCCUGAGGGAGAACUUCUCCCACGCCCCGAGCCUGGACAUGAAGCCGGCCUCGCUCUCCAUGCUGGAGCAGCUCAUGACGGCCCAGGCCCAGGAGUGCGUCUUUGAGAACCUGUCACUGCCAGCACCCGUGGCCCCUGAUGACUUCCCAGCCCAGCUGCGUCUGGCUCAGGAGGCUGCCCAGGUGGCGGCCGAGUACCAGCUGGUGCACCAGACCAUGGCCCAGCUGCCCGUCCGAGACUACGUGCCCUUCCCCUGGACCUCCCUGGUGCGCGUCAAGGCUGAGUACUUCCGGGCCCUGGCCCACUACCACACGGCUGUGGCUCUCUGUGACGGCCCCUCAGCUGCUGAGGUGGAGUUUCCGGGGCUCCAGCAGGGCUUCCACGGGCUCCCCACUGCCUCUGAGCCCCAGGACCCCACACUGCCACACCGGAGGGAGGAGCACAGGAAACUCGGCAAAGCCCACUUGAAGCGCGCCAUCCUGGGCCAGGAGGAGGCGCUGCGACUGCACGCCGUGUGCCGUGCCUUGCGCAGAGUAGACCUGCUGCAGAGUGCGCUGACCCAGGCGCUGCGGCGCUCGCUGGCCAAGUACUCAGAGCUUGACCUUGAGGACGACUUCUUCGAGGCCACCGAGGCCCCUGACAUCCAGCCUAAGACGCACCAGAGGCCAGAGGUUAGGGCACCCACCUUCUCUCGGGUGAAGGUGGCUGAUAUCUUCCACCGGCUGGGACCCCUGUCCGUGUUCUCAGCCAAGAACCGCUGGCAGCUGGUGGGGCCCAUCCACGUGACCCGAGGAGAGGAUGGCUUUGGCUUCACGCUGCGGGGAGACUCUCCUGUCCUCAUUGCUGCUGUCAUUCCAGGGGGCCGGGCUGCAGCAGCCGGUCUGCAGGAGGGCGACUACAUCGUGUCCGUGAACGGGCAGCCGUGCAAGUGGUGGAAGCACGCUGAGGUGGUGGCCCAGCUGAAGGGUGUGGGCAAUGAGGGCGUGACCCUGCAGGUGGUGACACUGCUGCCCAGCGCCCAGCCGCCCUGCACCGGGGACCGCCAGCCAGCCCUGGGGGGCCUCGUGAGGAGCCCAAAGGCAUAUGGCUGGGAGACUGCAACGCCUGCCCCGGCCGGCCCCAGGCCCCUCCUUGGCUGGGGCCGCAAGGCCAUCCCCAGACCCACGCCCCUGCGCUGCAUGCCGCACCCCCCUCCGGGUGCCGAGUGGCAGUGAGGGCCAGCUCCAGGUGGCUGGGAAUGGGAGCUCCCUGUGUGCCCUCCUCCAUCCCAGAGACCUUCAGGCCAGUUUGCUGCCCUGCCCAGUGCCCAGAGGGGCGCAUUAAAGACGAUGUCAGAG